CAACCCCACCAAUUACGAUUUGCGAUAGCCAUAGGCCUAUAGCUUUCAGCCGAUAGUCGACAUUCGUAACACUCGUAACUGCAUAGUGUAUUUUAAUUAUUCUUUUAAUUUUAUAAAUACGGUUUUGUUAUUAAUUUUUUUAAUGUGAUAAACCGCAAUGGGUCUAUUCACAUGUCUAUGCCACAUACUCGUUACGUCCAAACGAGGUAAACAGUUCACGAUAGUUCCUAAUGUCUACUACACUUGUAUGGUCUCCGUAACCGCUCAAUAAACGAAUCUAAUAAUAUGGAAUAUCUAUUGAUAUUGCCACUGUUGCUGACCGUUGUCGAUUGUGCACAAUUUGAUCUGUAUUUCGAUGCCAGUGAUGUGGAACCGCUCAUGGGCUUGGCUGCUCGACUGUAUUAUGUGCGCGGCGGUCAACUCAAUGCCAAUGCUGUGCAAUAUGCUUUGGAAGUACCAUCGUUUGUCAGCACUCUGAAUUUUACGUGGAACUCCAAGGGUACUCUAUUAUACAAAAUUUCUAUGCAGGCUGACAAAGAUAGCGUAGUGCCAAAACUCAAUAUUGCUCAAGAGGGUACUGUGCCCGACAUGCCAUCUGUAUUUUCCAUAUCUUUGCCAUGCGCAGUUAAAUCUGGAAAUACUGACAUUAGUGUGUCAAUUAAAACAUCAGAAAAUUGGCCAAAUGAUGUUAUUGAUGUCAACCUUGUGUUUAAAAAAUUUUGCUUAGAUCAACAUCUCAAUGAAACAACAAUUGUUCCUGAAACAGACUCUUCUGUACCACCUUACUAUGAACCAUCAUUUUUCUACCAUAUGAUAGCUGCUGCUUCCUCAUUAGUAGCACUAGCUGUAAUUUGUUGUCUGGCCACUACUUACCACCGUGAUAAGGCACGAGAUCUCUUGAUUAUUAAAGGUUUCCAGAAUAAUGAAGUAAAUAUGUUUUUAAAAUCUGCGCUUAAUUCAAGUAACAAGUUCAAUCAAAAAUCACUACCAGGAUCAAAAACCAAAGUAAAAGAUUUACAUGAAUGCAUUGUAGAGCUUAGUGUCCAGAGACAACGAGUUAGAUUACAGAGUAUUGAAUUAGAAGGUACAUUUGGACGAGUUUACAAAGGCUUAUACACAGAUGUGAAUGGAAAAGAUGAAGACGUGUUUGUAAAAACUGUUACCGAUCAAGCGAGUGCUGUACAAAUAUCUGUGCUAUUACAUGAAGGCCUGAGUAUGUACGGACUUAAUCAUAAAAAUAUAUUAACAAUACAAGCUGUAUCUGUUGAACAACAUGUAGAACCUUUUCUUUUGUAUCCAUACAACAAUAAUGAAAAUUUAAAGAAAUUUUUACAGAACUGUAAGACGUCUGAAAGUAUUUCAUACACAUUAACUACCAGAGAAAUAAUUGACAUGACACUACAAAUAAUAACUGGUAUGCAAUAUUUACAUAAAAAUAGACAUCUGCACAAAGAUGUUGCUGCAAGGAAUUGUCUCGUCAACCAAGAAUUGAAAAUUCAGAUAGCUGAUAACGCUCUGUCGAGGGAUCUAUUUCCCAGUGAUUAUCAUUGUUUAGGAGACAACAAAAAUAGACCAAUAAAAUGGAUGGCUGUUGAAAGUUUAGAGCACAAGAAAUUUAGUACUGCCUCUGACAUUUGGUCAUUUGGAGUUCUGCUCUGGGAGCUAUUAACUUUAUGUCAACAACCAUAUGCUGACAUUGAUCCAUUUGAAAUGUCAGCUUACCUUCAAGAUGGUUUUAGAUUAACCCAGCCAGUCAACUGUCCUGAUGAACUGUUCACCGUGAUGGCAUGCUGCUGGGCACUAGCUCCUAAUGAAAGGCCAACAUUUUCCCAACUAUCUGUAUUUAUGAAUGAAUUCAACAAUCAACUUGUUAAAUUUGUAUAACAUUUACCAUUGACUUAUGUUUUGUAUUGCAGUUGUGAUAAUUCUUUGUUUUAUUUAUUUAUUUUUAUUUACUCUCACAUAAGAGCUAAAUUGUACAUAUAAUUUAUUUC